CCAGGAAGAGAAAAGUCACUUUAGCGGUAUCCUUCUCAAGCUGCAGCAAGCUUAAAAGCUCAACAAAAACAAACCGUUUAACAGCGCCCAAAGCGUAAGUUAAAGGAUACAGGGUCUCGAUGGUCAUCGUCCAGCAGGCUUGCAAAUAGGUUUUCUUGUUGUGGAGAAUGUCGUCUUGCCGAACAGGAUCGUGGAUGUUUGCUGCUGCCGCAGUGACAGUAUUUCUAUUGGAUACGGUUGUUUUCGCUGAAGCCAAGAGUUUUGAGGAUGUCCGCUGCAAGUGCAUCUGUCCGCCUUACAGGAACAUCUCUGGGAAUAUUUAUAACAUAAAUGUCACACAGAAAGAUUGCAACUGCCUCCAUGUUGUGGAUCCCAUGCCGGUUCCUGGCCAUGAUGUGGAAGCCUACUGUCUGCUGUGUGAGUGCAAGUAUGAGGAGCGAAGCAGCAACACCAUAAAGGUGACCAUCAUCAUCUACCUGUCUGUCGUUGGGGCUCUGCUUCUCUAUAUGCUAUUUCUGCUGCUGGUUGAUCCUCUGAUCCGCAAACACGACCCCUACACUCAGCCUCUGCACAACGAGGAAGACUCUGAGGAGAUGCGUCCUCCUGCAGACGCCGGGCUGGCCAGAGGAAACACGGUGCUGGAGCGGGUCGAGGGAGCACAGCAGCGCUGGAAGAAGCAGGUGCAGGAACAACGCAAGACAGUUUUUGACCGCCACAAGCUGCUGAGUUAAAACCUCACUGCUGAACUUCAACCGUCCUCAGUGUGACAAAUCGCUCCAGGCUCAGUACUAUUCCACCCUCACCAGCUGCACUAUUUCAAAGCUAGAUUUCAUUGAUGUGCAAUGCAAUGACUGUAUAACUUAAAAUGUUCAGACAUGUUUAUCUAACAAGCAGAUGGGUUAUAAUCUUGAAAUGUGUGAUAUGAACCCUGUAACCUGAGUUAAAAUGCAGCUGUGAAUGCUUUGCACAUUCUUAAGAGUAAAUAUAUUCUCAGUUAUUUUAAACUGCAGCAAAGCAUGAAGUUUUGAAUGUCUUUCGAAAAUAAUUUAAGUGUUUUAGUGAUCGAUGUGAUGAGUUUUCUGCCCGUAGUUCUCUUGUUGCAUGAGUUUUAAAAGUUACCUCACAAAAAAAGCACAUUGAGUUAGUUAUAAUCACAGUUCUGCGAUGAUUGCCAAAUAGCCCUUAUUUCUGAUUUGGCAUUUGUAAUUUAUUGAUCUGCUGCACUUGAGCACGUUCAGAUUUAAUUUUGAGUUUUGUAACUUACUGGUGUUUUUUAACCUCAAGCUGUGCCUUUUUUCCUAAUCUCUCUCACGUCGGGAAAAUGGAUUUUGUCAAAGCAAAACAAAGAUUUGUCUUGUAAAUAUUGGCCAUUUAUCACUUUCUGGAUGUAGCCGAGGGCAGUCAGCCAAGUGAUGCUUUAAAUUAGAAGCUUUGCAAUUGUAUGAAAACGCUAAUGUUAAAGUUGCCAUUUACAACACAAGCAUUCAUAAACGCAUUAAGGGUAAGCUCAUAACAAUUAGCCUUUCAAUGGAGUUUUAAACAAAUAAGGAAUUUGAAAACACAUUUUUCUUACACAGAGCCUUUAGAGCCACGCCUCUCUAGAACAAACAGAGCUCAAACACAAAGAAAAGAUUCAUUUAGUCAUUUUAGACAAAUUAACACAAAAAUCAAAAAAUUUGUGCUUUUACAAAGUAAACUUGCCAAGACCUUCAAAUCUUAAAUGUAUAUGUUGAACAAUUUUAGUCUGCGGUCUGUGCUGAAAUUCAAUCAUUUACGGGAGGGAUCUCACAGUUUGAAGACCAAAAGCAACGACUUAAUUUGCUGACUCUACCAGUGAUGACAGUGGUUGUGAUAGGAGAGCAAAUGUUUCAGGUGAGAAAACAUUCUUCUUACUCACAUUCUGUGUUUUGUGUCCUCUCGGACAGAGGACAUGUUCAUGGAUGAUAUUAUGAAAUAAAUAUCAGGGUAGCACUCAACCACCCCAGGUAGAGUGCUGGCCUUUCAGAACUCUAAGCUGCUGCUUUUUUUUUCUUGUUAAUGCUCAAGUGUAAUCCACAUACAGUAUGUAACAUAAUCCAACAUAACCAGCGAUCGGCAUUGUGUUCAGCUGUUUUGUGCUAAGUUUCUUGAUUUUAUGUAUCUUUCUUAAUUUUUGAGAUAGAAAUUAUGAUGACUGUAACGAGCAACACAUUCCAAACACAACUGAGAAAGAAAAUAACAUAAAAAUGGUGACGUAUACCAUUAAAAAGGUCUGUUCUUUGGUCUAAUAUCGGAAUAUAUUUUAUCUCCAGAAGUUAGUGUAGUGGAGAAAAAUUUACUUCUAAGAAGGGAAGAUGAAAUUGAGACCUUAAACCUUCAUUGGAGAAUGUUUGAAAACUGUCACCAAAGAGCUGAUUGGUGCGGCAGAAUCAGGACACCUCGUGGCUAUGAAAAGGGGAUUUUUGCUUGUGUACCAACGUUUCCCACUGGAGGAUUUUUUAUCUGUCAAAAUAAGACUCAUUUUCUCACCAACCUUUAUUUAGUUCUACCUGCUGAUGUUUUGUUGUCUGUACUUAUUUAGUUUGUAUUAAUAAUUGUUAAUGGGGUUAAUUUAAAUAUUUUUUGCCAUAAUGCUUUUUAUUUAUUAAUCAAAAAGAUUGUAAUGAUUUAGUGUUAUUGCGAGCCAAGCCACAGGAAAUAUGUUUAGUGCUGUUCAACAAUUACUUGAUAAAAAAUCUCACAACAAGCUAUUACAGCUGUCACAUUUCACUCUGCAUAUAUGGUAACUGCUGAUGUGUUAAAAAAAAAUCCUCUAUUUCAAAAAUGUUCUCCAAAUAAUGCUUAGAUAUAUUAAAGUUGUUCUGGUGGCACAUGGUGACAAAAUGCACAAUUCACUUUUGUUUUGUGUUAUUUUUCCCUUUAAUUCCUUUUUACGUUUCUGUAAUAUUAUCUCAACCCUCAUGCGGUCAUUGUUCUCAGUGUCUUCACAUUUAGCAGCUGCAAGUUCAAUAAAGGAAAACAAAACAAUUCUCUUAA